UCUUGAAAAUUUUAAGCUUGCCUGUAAUUACCGAAAUAUCCUCAGACUUCUUAUUCGCUGAGUUCCCUCGCCUGAAAACCUAAGACUCGAACGAACUCGAAGCUUUGUCGAGCAAGGAAAUUGAAAAUGGAUGCACAGGAUUCAGAAGAUCUGAAACAGAGCACUGCAGAUAUGACUGCUUUUGUCCAAAAUCUUCUUCAGCAGAUGCAAUCUAGGUUCCAGACAAUGUCUGAGUCCAUCAUAAUGAAGAUCGAUGAGAUGGGCAACAGGAUAUCUGAAUUGGAGCAGAGCAUCAAUGAUCUGAGAUCCGAGAUGGGUAUAGAGGGCUCUUCUCCUUCAGCUCCUUCCAUGGCAAAGGAUGACCUCAGUUAGUGAUUGAACUUAAGGCUUGUGCAAUCUAUGUUUUUGCAUCUCUCAUCCGUAAUACUAAACUUAAGUUUUAACUUUGAAAGCAGAUGCCUCUUGUGAGAUUUGUAAUUAAGAUUACUUUUGAUUCUUAUUUUCAGUAAGAAAUUAAAGUAUGGCCAGUUAAUAUUAGUUCAUUUAAAACUUGAA